GAGAGCAAAGGGAGGAAGCGGUUCCCCGCGUGAUGCUCCGCUUGAGACUGCAGAAUUUCAUUUGAAAGACGUCCCACAAGGGGAAACUGCAGCCUAACCUCGCCGAAGGCAAGGCAUUUUGAUAUAGUUCAACGUGAGGGGCUGACACCUCUCAAGCCGUGCAUCACCUGAGAGGAAAAGAGUGACUGCGUCAACAUGGGGUAUGGGAAGUCAGACAGUUACCGCGUUGCCACCACACAGGACAAAGAUGACCGAUCCCCCAAGAAGAAGAAGGGGGCAACCAAGGACAUGGAUGACCUGAAGAAGGAAGUACCCAUUACGGAACACAAAAUGUCUGUAGAGGAAGUAUGCAGGAAAUUCCAGACUGACGUUGUCCAGGGACUGACCAAUGCCAAGGCCGCAGAGUUUCUGCUCAGGGAUGGUCCCAAUGCUCUCACCCCUCCUCCCACCACCCCAGAAUGGGUCAAGUUCUGUCGCCAGCUGUUCGGUGGAUUCUCCAUCCUGCUGUGGACCGGCGCCAUCCUCUGCUUUCUGGCCUACGCUAUCCAGGCAGCUACCGAGGACGAGCCUGCAGGGGACAACUUGUACCUUGGUAUUGUGCUCACAGCUGUCGUAGUCAUCACCGGUUGCUUCUCAUACUUUCAAGAGGCUAAGAGCUCUAAAAUCAUGGAGUCUUUCAAAAACAUGGUACCUCAGCAAGCACUGGUGAUCCGUGAGGGUGAGAAGGUGCAGAUCAAUGCUGAGGAAGUGGUGGCCGGAGAUCUGAUUGAAGUGAAGGGUGGAGACAGGAUCCCUGCUGACAUCAGGGUGACUUCAGCUCACGGCUGCAAGGUAGAUAACUCUUCCCUUACAGGAGAAUCAGAGCCUCAGAGCAGGUCACCUGACUGUACCCAUGACAACCCCCUGGAGACCCGAAACGUUGCUUUCUUCUCCACAAACUGUGUUGAAGGCACAGCGCGUGGCAUUGUUAUUUGCACUGGAGACCGCACAGUCAUGGGCCGCAUUGCUACUCUGACGUCCGGCCUGGAAACCGGCAAAACACCCAUUGCCCGCGAGAUCGAGCACUUUAUCCACAUUAUCACAGGAGUGGCUGUCUUCUUGGGCGUCACCUUUUUCAUCUUGGCCAUCAUUUUGGGUUACACCUGGCUGGAGGCCGUCAUCUUCCUCAUUGGCAUCAUUGUGGCUAACGUGCCUGAAGGGCUGCUGGCUACUGUAACUGUAUGUCUGACUCUGACUGCCAAGCGUAUGGCUAAGAAGAACUGCCUGGUGAAAAACUUGGAAGCUGUUGAAACUCUGGGCUCCACCUCCACCAUCUGCUCUGACAAGACCGGCACCCUGACCCAGAACAGGAUGACUGUGGCCCACAUGUGGUUUGACAACCAGAUCCAUGAGGCUGACACCACAGAGGACCAGUCGGGUGCUGCAUUUGACAAGAGCUCUGUGACAUGGCUGUCUCUUUCUCGUGUUGCUGCUCUGUGUAACCGCGCACAGUUCAAAGCUGGACAAGACUCAGUGUCCAUCCUGAAGCGUGACGUGGCUGGUGAUGCCUCAGAGUCAGCUCUGCUGAAGUGUAUCGAGCUGUCAUGCGGCUCAGUCAGGAUGAUGAGGGAUAAGAACAAGAAGGUGGCUGAGAUUCCCUUUAACUCCACCAACAAAUACCAACUUUCUGUUCAUGAAACAGAAGAUCCAAAUGACAACCGCUACUUGCUGGUGAUGAAGGGAGCCCCUGAGAGGAUCCUGGAUCGUUGUUCCACCAUCAUGCUGCAGGGCAAGGAGCAGCCUAUGGAUGAGGAGAUGAAGGAAGCUUUCCAGAAUGCUUACAUGGAGCUGGGAGGACUGGGAGAGAGAGUACUGGGUUUCUGCCACGUGCUGCUGCCAGAGGAUCAGUAUCCCAAGGGCUUUGCCUUUGACACAGAUGAUGUUAACUUCCAGACAGAUAAUCUCUGCUUCGUCGGCCUCAUAUCCAUGAUCGACCCUCCCCGUGCCGCCGUGCCUGAUGCUGUUGGCAAAUGUCGAUCCGCUGGUAUCAAGGUCAUUAUGGUUACUGGUGAUCACCCGAUCACAGCCAAGGCCAUUGCCAAGGGAGUGGGCAUCAUCUCAGAGGGCAACGAGACAGUGGAGGACAUCGCAGCUCGUCUCAACAUACCUGUCAGCCAGGUCAAUCCCAGAGACGCCAAGGCCUGUGUGAUUCAUGGCUCAGACCUCAAGGAUCUGUCUCAGGAUCAAAUGGAUGACAUCCUGAGGAAUCACACGGAGAUUGUGUUUGCCAGGACCUCACCACAGCAGAAGCUGAUCAUUGUAGAAGGAUGCCAGCGACUGGGUGCUAUUGUAGCUGUGACAGGUGAUGGUGUGAAUGACUCACCUGCACUGAAAAAGGCUGACAUUGGUGUUGCCAUGGGAAUCUCAGGCUCCGAUGUGUCCAAGCAGGCUGCAGACAUGAUCUUGUUGGAUGACAACUUUGCUUCUAUUGUCACUGGAGUGGAAGAAGGUCGUUUGAUCUUUGAUAAUCUUAAGAAGUCCAUUGCCUACACCUUGACCAGCAACAUCCCAGAGAUCACCCCCUUCCUAUUUUUUAUCAUAGUCAACAUCCCAUUGCCACUGGGAACCAUCACAAUCCUGUGUAUUGACCUGGGAACUGACAUGGUUCCAGCCAUCUCUCUGGCUUAUGAAGCAGCUGAGAGCGACAUCAUGAAGCGCCAGCCUAGGAACCCAGCCAGGGACAAGCUGGUGAAUGAGAGGCUUAUCAGCAUUGCCUAUGGACAAAUUGGUAUGAUCCAGGCUCUGGGAGGAUUCUUCGCCUACUUUGUCAUCUUGGCUGAAAAUGGUUUCCUGCCCUCUCAGCUAGUAGGCAUCCGACUCAACUGGGACGACCGCAGUUUAAAUGACCUGGAAGACAGCUAUGGCCAGCAAUGGACAUAUGAACAGAGGAAGAUCGUGGAGUUUACAUGUCACACAGCCUUCUUUGUCAGUAUUGUGGUAGUGCAGUGGGCUGAUCUCAUCAUCUGCAAGACCAGGCGCAACUCUGUCUUCCAGCAAGGCAUGAAGAACAAGAUCUUGAUCUUUGGCCUGUUUGAAGAAACAGCCCUGGCUGCCUUCCUGUCCUACUGCCCAGGCAUGGAUGUGGCACUCAGGAUGUAUCCUCUAAAGCCUACCUGGUGGUUUUGUGCAUUUCCUUAUAGUUUUCUCAUCUUUGUUUACGAUGAAGCUCGAAAACUCAUCCUUCGCCGGAACCCUGGAGGUUGGGUGGAAAAGGAGACGUACUAUUGAUCGUUGGAGCACUUUCGCUCAAGCCCCUCACAUCUUCCACUUGUUUCUUCCCCCGGUCAUUCCAUCCUCGGCAAAACACAUCUCCAGAUGUCCCGCCCC